GGAGCCCCCAGACUCAAAGGAGUCGCUGCCGUCGUGGGAAAUUCGUCAUGGGCAACUGUGUCCCCGUGACCCCCGGCACCCUGGAGACCCCGGGCUCCCUGAACCUGGAGGAAAUCAUGGGCGACUUCUCCGUCUACUACGACAACACCGACAGCAACGACACCUUCGUGGACUACGACGCCGCCCCCUGCCACAACCACUUCUGUCCCCUCUUCCAGCGAGUGGCUCCCCCUUUCCUGGCCACCACCUGCGCCGCGGCCGCGCUGGCCACCGGUGCCCUGCUGGUGGCCCUGGCCAAGCGUCCCCAGGCGUGGCGGUGGCCGCAGAGCCGGGCUCUGCUGGCACAGCUGGCGCUGGGCACGGCGCUGUUCGCCGCUCUGCUGCCGGCGCUGGCCGCGGGCAUCGCCUGGGGCUGGCACCUGGGCACGGGGCCGUGUCGCCUCACGCACCUCGUGUGGCACUGGAGCCUGUUCGCCCAGGCGCUGCUGGUGGCCAGCGGCUCUUGUGGCACCGCCUGGGCUCGCUGGGACCCGCGGAGUCGCCGCCUGGCCGUGGCUCUGUGGGCAGUGGCGUUGCUCUUGGCCACGCCGGCGGCUUUGGUCAGUGGCGUGGCAGAGGGCACCGCCUGUGUCCGGCGCAGCGUGGGCAUCCUGGCACCGGCCUACCUGCUGCACCUGACCCUGAGCCUGUGCCUGCUGCUGCUGCUGCCCGCGGGGCUGCUGCUGGCCGCGCUGGCCGUGCCGCGCCUCAGGGCGAGCUGGGCGGCCGGAGCCGGCCUCACCUGGCUCUUCCCGGGGCUCUGGGUGCCCUACGGAGCGGGGCUGGCCGGGGAGUUCCUGCUGCAGGCCGGGCUGCUGGAGCCCACCUGCGGCUCCUUCGAGAACUUCGACCUGGCCUUGGGGUUCAGCGAGGGGCUGGGGGUGCUGCACUGCGGCCUCGGGCCCCUGGUGCUGCUGCUCGCCUGGCGCUGCCGGCGACUGCUGAGCUCCGGGGGCUGCACCGAGGAGCCAAACGGAGCCAUGGCACCGGGCUUGGACCCCCGGCACUGA